AUGGUUACACCAUGGCCUUCUAUACUCACUGUUGGGAGGUUGUUUGGGAGGAAGUCAUUGUUGCAGCAACAAAUUUCCAAGAGAGAUGUUUCUUUAAGAAAAGCUUCCCUAUGUGGCGUUAAUUCCCAAAAAGUUGGGUGCAAAGAAACUCACAGAUUUAAACCCAUUAGCUUAAUUGGUAGUGUGUAUAGAAUAAUCUCCAAUGUGUUAACUGAGAGGCUUAAAAAGGUUAUGCACAAGAUAGUGGACACACAACAACUUUCUUUUAUUAAAGGAAGACAGAUCAUGGAUGCUAUUUUGAUGGCUAAUGAAGGUUUGGAUUUUAGGAUCAGAAGCAAGGUCCCAGGCAUUUUAUGCAAGUUAGACAUUAAGAAAGCAUAUGACCAUCUCAACUGGAAUUUUUUGCUGGAGACCUUAUCCAGAAGAGGUUUUGGUGGUACAUGGAUGAGAUGGAUAAAGUUUUGUAUCAGUACUGUGAAAUAUUCUGUUCUCAUCAAUGGCUCUCCUACAGGUUUCUUCUCUUCACAGAGAUGA